AUGCAAAAACGUUCGUGGAAGAGUCAGUUGAGGUAUGUACAUGAAGAAAAGGGGGAAUCAGUUCAUCAGAGAUUGUUCGUUGAAGACAAGCACCAGGAGACAAAUGUUCGGAUGCUGUUCAUAUGGUACCGGAUCGAAGAGUCAUAUCAAAUGGGAUUCGUCUUUUCCGCUGUGUCUCAACAGCCGUUUCGUGCAUUAGCAGUAGUGGCGGUGACAGUGGCACGAACAAAGCGAAGCGGGCGCGACCAACUUACAAACGCCGAAGGAGAUGCUUGUGCAACGAGUUUGGAUGAUCACAUCAAGACAGUGGAACCGACCGCCUCAAGGGGGACUAGCGAGUACAAACAAGGAGACGAUUGA